AGGAUCGUCCGCCUCCUCCUCCUCGACAAGAUGACUGAAGCUCCAUUUUUGCCACGUGAAAGGCUUUUUAAGCAGCAGCAGUAUUUCCAGAACCUGAGCAAGCACACUCACCUGAAAGGGCGUUACGACGUCAUCACCUCUGUCGGCAUCCCCCUCGCGCUUGCUGCCUCCAGCUUGAUCAUGAUUGGUCGUGGAGUCUACAACAUGUCUCAUGGAAUUGGUAAGAAGCAGUGAGCUUCAGCUGAUUUGCUAUUGUCGCGGCACUUUUGGCACGGGAAUAAUGAUGCUUUGGAAGUUACGAGCCUGUGACAGCAUUUUUUAGUUGUAAAAAUAAUGCCGUCGAAGUUCCAUCUGAAUACAUUUCUAGUUCUCCUUUUUGUUGGUUUUUUUUGCGCGUUGCUGACGCAAGUAAAUCCAUAGUGAACCUACAGAGACGAUGUUCUCAAGGAUUGCCAAUGUUGCUAUUUCGCUUUAACCUCAUUUGUCCUA